AUGUCACUUUGUUCUUGUUCGUCAUGUUUGACAAUUCCAUCGUUGUCAUCGUCGUCGUCGUCCAAAUGGAGUGAAUCUAGCGAUUCUUAUCGGUUAACGUCGUCAUCUUCGAUCACAACUGUUUCGACUUUGUCGAAUAAUUUUCCUCAGGAAGAAAAUUGUACAAAUGAGGAUAAUGACGAUAAUAACGGCCAACAAUGGGUGUUUGCAACAGCAAAAACAGCUCAAAAUUGUCAUAUUGAAAAGAAUGUAUCUCUACAAGAUCAACCAGAUAAGAAAAACAGCUGUAUACUCAAAGCAAUUAUGACACAAAAGCAAAUUGUUAUUUCUGAUUCAUCUACAACUCGAUCGACAAUCAUUCCAAAUAAACAUCUCUCCAUGAAAUGGCAUUCGCUUCCAAUUGUUCCAUCGAAUAUACAAACUAACCCAUUGACACCGUGUGAAUUGUGUAACAUUCUACUACCUAUUGCCAAAGGUCUCAUUGCAAUUAAUGAAUCAUCACUGAUCGAAAAACUGGGUAUAACAUUAUGUCAAUAUUUACAUCUUGCCGAUGAUGCAGUCUGUGCUGGUAUGAUUGAUGAAUACAAUCCUGUGCUGAUCGAAGUACUUCGCCAUAGUCCGUUGGCGACACAUGAGAUUUGUGGCGUUGCUUUUGGAUGUAUGCGGCAAGCAGAUAUUCCUGCUCUUCAAUGGAAUGUCACUUUUCCUCCAUCGACUGUGCAAAUCUCUUCCCCGGACAUGCGGUCACAUGCUCAAGCAACCAUUUCGAUUCUUCAUCUGGCUGAUCUGCAUAUUGAUACAAAAUAUACACCUGGUUCAAAUGCGAAUUGUGGUCGACCGCUCUGUUGUCGCGAUGGCACACCAAAAGCAGGUGAAAUUGGCGCCCAGUUUUGGGGUGACUAUCGCACAUGUGAUCUGCCGGCAUGGACAGCAGAAAACAUGUUAAAGUAUAUUGGUCAAGUAGAAGAGCGUAUUGAUUUCAUUUAUUUCACUGGCGAUAUUGCACCACAUGACGUUUGGCAACAAACGCAAGCGAAAGAUCUCGAAGAAAUAUCUUUUACUACUCGUCUAUUGAAACAAACAUUCCCGAACAAGAAAAUCUAUCCGUGUGUAGGAAAUCAUGAAGCGGCACCACCGGAUCUGUUCUCAACUAUCGAUAUGUCUUGGCUGUAUACAAAUUUAGUUAAUCAAUGGAUCGGUCAAUUUGGCUUAGAUGAACGUACACGUGAUACAAUACUCAAAGGAGGUUAUUAUACUACAAUGAUUGCAGCAAAUCUUCGGUUGAUAUCUUUGAAUAUGAAUUAUUGUACAGAGAAUAAUUAUUGGCUUUUUAUCAAUUCAACAGAUCCUCUCGGACAGUUGAAAUGGAUGAUUCAAUGGCUGCAGUAUGCUGAAGAUCAUCAAGAAAAAGUUCAUAUUAUCGGACAUCAUCCGCCACGAAUGUGUAUGGUAUCAUUCAGUUGGGCAUACUACAGUAUUGUUAAUCGAUAUCAAAACACAAUAACUGGCCAAUUCUUCGCUCAUACUCACAACGAUGAAUUCAUGCUCUUCUAUGAUGAAAAAGAUUCUAAGCGACCAAUUUCUGUUGCUUAUAUUUCACCGUCAUUCACAACCUAUCCCAAUCUUAACCCAGGGUAUCGAGUGUAUACAGUCGAUGCUACUAAUACAACGUAUGUAUUAGAUCACCGUACUGUGAUUCUUAAUCUGACAGCUACAAAUCUUUACAAUACUACGAAAUUUACAACGGAAUACUCAGCCAAAUCAGCGUAUGGAAUGAAAGAUCUUUCGCCUCAAGAAUGGAAUCAAUUGAUCAUACGUGUGGAGAAUGACAUUGAAGGUGAAACUAUGGAUUUAGUUUAUCAGUUCUUUAUGAAAUCAUCCACGGCAAGCAGUCCCUGCGAUCGAACAUGCCGAAUGAACUUAGUUAAUUGUAAUUUCAAAACGGCUCGAGCACAAGAUACGACCUUUUGUACAAAUAAUAUUUCGAUAUAUUCUCCUACUUGA